GAUGCAUCUCGAACGCGGCAAAACUACACCAGUCGCCAGACUAGGAUGAGGGAUCAUCGAGGAUAGUGGGAAAUGUAGUAGUCUAAUCAAUUAUAUGACUAACCAACUACAUGUCCCACAAUUCCAGCCGAUUUCUACACCAUCCGGGUCUCUUGGCUUCUUGUCUGGCGACUCGUCGCCAUUAGUGCAAGCUCGCGACUGCCAACGUGUUUUUUUUAAGGAAAACUUUGAAUUCACACGUUUUCCUGAUUUUGGAAAGCGUCCAAAACGCCUUGCUUGGGCAUAACGUUAUCCCAAACUACGAAAAAGACAUUUUUCUGGGGUCUUGGCCCCGCGUCGUGCGCUUUCGUUCACCCCACCACCAGCUGCCGGAGCACUUGAGACGCCGCGAUCGUGUCUCUUUUUUUUCUCUGCUUGAUUUGUUGUUAAUAUGUCGCCGUGAUGGGGUCUCCGUGUUGGAAAGAAACGCAUAAGGGCCUUCGUUGCCUUACCCGCUCUCUCUACAGUCCGCUUUCUUUUAGUGUUUUCUCGUUUGAUGCCAGAGAGCUCGGCGGCUCUCUGCCCGGAGCUCGGCCUAAGACCACCUCGCUUCACGGGGACCACCAUGGAGAAGAACUCCAGCAGCAGCAGCAAGAUUCCUCCUCGUUCGAGUUCUACGGGACCAGCGCCCGGCGAGUCUAAACCCAAAGCAGAUGGAAAGAAUAAUGGAGGCUCCAAGCGUUACAAUCGGAAGCGUGAGCCACCUGCGGCUAAAAGUGACGGCUUUGCAGGACCACGUCGCUCCAAUUCACAGAAAAACAAGAAUUUUGACAAGAGACCGCUCGAGAGAGGUGCAGGGAGACAAUAUGGCGCUACAAGUGGUGGACGACGGGAUGAGGUAGCCGAGACGCGCCGGGCCGAGUUUAGCCCGGCUCAAUAUGCUGGACCUAAAAAGAUAAGCUUGAACCACCUGCUCAACUUCACCUUUGAACCCCGUGGGGGUAAUGGUGCUACAGGUGAUGGCCACACAGGCUGGGGGCGCCGGAACAAGUGGGGCCACAAGCACAAGCCCUUCAACAAGGAGCUCUUCCUGCAGGCCAAUUGCCAGUUCUUGGUGACUGAUGACCAGGACUACAAGGCUCAUUUCACUGAUCCAGACACUUUGGUGAACUGGGACUGUGUGCAGCAAGUGCGUAUCUACAGCCACGAGGUGCCCUCCUGCCCCAUCUGCCUCUACCCGCCGGUGGCAGCGCACAUCACCCGCUGCGGACACAUCUUCUGCUGGCCCUGCAUGCUCCACUACCUGUCCUUGGCAGACAAGAGCUGGGCCACAUGUCCCAUCUGCUAUGAGGCGGUGAACCCCAGCGACCUCAAGAGUGUGGUUGCUAUGGAGACGCGGCAGUAUGUGGUUGGUGACCUCAUCAGCAUGCGUCUGAUGCGGAGAGAGAAGGGUGCUCUGGUGGCGAUGCCCAGCUCUCAGUGGGUGAAGGUGGAAGAACCCGUCCGCUUUGAGGACCCGGGUUUGAGUCAGUACUCAAAGCUGCUGCUGGCCUCUACAGCCCAGGUCCUGAGCCUGGUGGCCGAGGAGAAGGCGGCCCUCCAGCAGCAGCUCACCCAGGAGGGCGACGCCCAGUCCUUCUUCAUCCAGAUCGCCCUGGGCCAGCUGCAGGAGCGAGAAGAGGCGUUGCUGAAGAGUCAGGAGACUGCUGAUGAAAGCGUUGAUCUCUCAUUCCUCAGUCUGGUGGAAGCAGUCCUUCCUGAGGAGGAGGUGUUCACCACCAGCAGCAGCACCAAGAUGGUGCUGCAAUACACUUCGGCCUUCGAUGACGAGGUGGCAGAGCUCCCAGAGGAAGCAGCGGAUGAGGGUCCCCAGCCACCAGAGGGCAUGGAGAGUCUGUUGGAAGAGGUCUCAGAGGGGGCUACUGCGGAUUCAGACCAGGAGCCACUGGAGGAGGAGGAGGUGAUCCCUGCUGAUCACAGGGUCGAAGGCGGACAUUCUAAGGGCCCCGUGGCACACGUGCCCUACUACUACUUCUACCAAGCCGAGGACUGCCAGCAGAUGUUUCUGCACCCAGUGAAUGUGCGCUGUCUCCUGCGCGAGUACGGCAGCCUGGAGGCCAGCCCCGACUUGAUCACCGCCCGGGUGGUGGAGACCGAGGGGCACACCGUCACAGAGGAGGUGCGGCGGCGUCACCGUUACCUGGCUCACCUGCCCCUCACCUGUGAGUUCAGCAUCUGUGAGCUGGCCCUGCAGCCCCCCAUCCUGUCCAAGGAAACUAUGGACACGUUUGCCGACGACCUGGAGAAGAGGAAGCAUCUCCGGCAGAAGAAGGCGAGAGAUGAGAAGCGUCGGGAGCGACGCAUCGAGUUGGAGGAGAACCAGAAGCAGGGCAAAUACCCAGAGGUGCACAUUGGGUUGGAGAACCUGCAGCAGUUCCCGGCGUUCGGCUCCCCUCCUCAGAACAGCAGUCCCAUGGGCCAGCUGGACUUCAUGCUGUCCCCGCCGUCUCCUCUGCGCUGCACUCCUGAAUCUGAUGGAAUAAUGUUCCCUUGUCUGAGUGGGCAAAGCGCUUCAUCCACAAUGGGAAGUGUGGAGGACGACUCUCACUGCCUGUCCUUUGCACAGAUGCUUCGAGAUGGAAAGGCCAGAGCUGACGCUGGGACGAAGAUGGGGCUUAAGAAAGACAUACAGCUGGCUCUGCCGGUGCCUGACAGCGAGGGCGAGAGCGACGCAUCCGACCGCGUUCCCGUUCCCAGCUUCCAGAACUCCUUCAGCCAGGCCUUCGAGGAGGCCCUGCAACAGAUGGACCGCGGGCCAGACGGCGCCGCCGUGCAGCCUGUUGUCGUCCUUGAUGACAAGGGAGGAAAAAAGAAGAAGAAAAAGCAGAAGAUUCUGUUUAGCACAUCCUUGGUCCACACAAAGUAGAGAACACUGACGUGUUCCACGAAUGCUCAUCUCCGAUUUACACUGAUCGCCUCUCCCCCAGAUCUUUUUUGUCCUUUUCUCACUGUCCUGGCUGCUCUCCGACUGUCUGGAUUUCAUGCAAUUAUUUUGGAGGGUGGUCUUUCUCAGUAUUUUUUAGUACAUAUGAUAAUAUUAAGGAUUUGCAGUGACACUUGUGUCAGAGAAAGGAACCAUUUUUGAUGCUGACAUUUCCCAAGGUUCACAUUGGAACAAUUAGCAGGCUUAACAUGUGCUGUCUGUGUGCUACAAGUUAAUAAUUAGUUGACCGCUGCAGAUGGCCCCAAUGCAUUAGAAGUGAAUGCUAAUUGCUGCCCGGUUAAAUUUAGGUAACUCCCAACAUGACGACCGAGAUUUAGAGUGAUCUGGAUGCGAAUGUAUGGGGGUGUUCAUAUAAUGGAGGAGCAGUCAGCCAGCUGCAUACUCUGUCUACAUGUCAUAAGCUUACAGAGACACUCAUCAAAUGAGGAAAAAAAGAAGUUAAAUCUUUCCUGUAAUGUUUAUUUAGAUUAAAUCUACUUCAACACAUCAUGGCCCAAAAAAAUAUAGUAAUUUGGUGGGGAUGGGUAAUUGAAACGGAUGCCAAAGCUUAAGGAUACAUUUUGGUCCAAUGCCAUUGUUUAAAAUCCAACAAGCGGCGUUCAGUGAAACGGGAUAAUUUUCUUGAUUUGUUAUAGGAAGGACAAAGACAACUUUUUUUUUUUUAA